AUGAUCGCUGCUGACAAAGUAUUGUCACCGCACCCCCAACUCGGCUCUUAUUCUGUCGACCAACUAAAAUCUCGCCAACCCGAUCUAAGCUUGCUAUUAGCUCCACCAGAAUCCGCCUAUUCAUCCAUCCGACACCGGUCAGAAGCCGGUCUUCACAUCCCACAAGUAGUUGCUGGGGCGAACUUACAACUAAACAGAUUUCCCCAAGGAAACCUCACCCAUGAGUUAACGACCUCGGCUUUCACGAUAGCAUCUCGCCUCAAAAAGCCCCCAAUGGAUCAUCCCUAA